ACGCGUUCAUUUUUAUACUUUUUUACGGGCAAUCAUUUCAGGUCUAAGUCACCCACCCCUAACUGAAAGCGCUGGCAGACGAAAAAGUAUAAAUAUUUCCCUGCCGGGGCUCGGCCAGCAUUCGUGUACCGUGUGUAAAGUGAACUAAGUGAAAUAAACGCAAAGCAAAAUGUCUGGACGUGGAAAAGGUGGCAAAGUGAAGGGAAAGGCAAAGUCCCGCUCCAACCGUGCCGGUCUUCAAUUCCCUGUGGGCCGUAUUCACCGUCUGCUCCGGAAGGGCAACUACGCCGAGCGUGUUGGUGCAGGCGCUCCAGUUUACCUAGCAGCCGUAAUGGAAUAUCUGGCCGCUGAAGUUCUCGAGUUGGCAGGCAAUGCUGCUCGUGACAACAAGAAGACUAGAAUUAUUCCGCGUCAUUUACAGCUGGCCAUCCGCAACGACGAGGAGUUAAACAAGCUGCUCUCCGGCGUCACUAUUGCCCAAGGUGGAGUGUUGCCUAAUAUUCAGGCUGUUCUGUUGCCCAAGAAGACCGAGAAGAAGGCUUAAACGUUUCAAAAGCUGAAAACCUACUUGUACAUAAAAUCGUCAAUCAAACCGUCCUUUUCA